AUGGCCCUCGCCUCGACUUUGCCGCGUUGCCGCUGUGUGAAGCUACGGCUGCUACGGAGCUGCGACUGCCGACCUGCCAAGGCCAAGAAUGAGCCGGUCCAGGCUCGUUGUGAGAAGGACGGCCGCAUCAAGAACUUUAACAUCUUGUGGAACGCCCGGCAGAAUGAGGUCAUCGGAACUGAGGACAAGCUGAGAUGGGCCAUGCUGGACAAGCAGAUGGAGUUUCGGCGGUCCCAAGGAGAAAUCAGGACAGUGAAACUUCCCAGAGCCCACACAAACAUCGGGCCUUUUCCUGGCUGCACGAGGAAUGCCCAGUUGUCACCUCGAAAGAGCGCCGCCGUGUGCUUCUUGGAGCAGCGGUUAUUAAGGGCAGACAGUGACAGCAAACUCCUGACCAUGCGCGACAGUCUUUAUGACGGUGUCAGCGGCACGGGCGAUGGCCGUUACAAGUACCUGAAAUUGAGGGCUAAGACGAGCAUUCAGUCACGGUAUGGGGAUGAGCCUGCAACAACGUCGCAGGAGUACGGGUGGAGUCGCCCGACAGGUGAAUACCGAGCGUCGCCGUAUUGUCACAAGCCCGGUGUGGCGGAGGCCUUCAAUCGGCCGUGCGGGGCGAUCACGUACAAGGACUUGCCUCUCCAGUCGAAGCCUUGA